AUGAUCUCGAGGAAGUUCACAUUCAGCCUGUUGAGGAAGUUCACAUUCAGCCUGUCGAUGAGUCAAGACAAGCGUCUGCCAGGUGGGAAGAUUAUGAAGGAGGAGAAGCAGGAACUUGGCAAAAAGUUUGCCACUGGAGCUUCUGUUGUGAAGGGUCCUACUGAGUUCAAGGAGACAUUUUCUAAUACAAAGUGGAGUUCGUCACAGAUACUUGGCCUGAUGUCCCGGAGACUGCUAUUUUAUUUAUUGAGGAUGGAAAAAAGGUUCCAGCUGCGUAGAUGUGGGAUGUGGGAACAGGCUACCUAA